CUGGUUAAUUUAUCGUACUGUAUUCGCUACAGUUUUAGGUAUGACCCCACUACUUUGCUAGAUUCUAUUGGUGAAGCGCGCAAAGCGCUAGAUCUAUUUUUAAAUAAUAAGUUUGAGGAAGCCGAAGGAAUGAUAAUGUUUUUCUUUUUUGAGGUGGCAAAAUGCUCUUUUUUUUUAGAAGAACUACACGCUGAAUUAUGCUAUGCAGAGCUUCUUCUUUUCCACGCUGUCCUCACCUUUCUUCACGACGAAAGUCUAACGAAUUUCAUCCGCGGUGCUUUUCGAAUUCGUUCUUGCUUUCAAUCAUUUCGCGAGUGCCAGAAAUUACUAAGAUGUAAUAUUUGGUCAAAUCGGGACAUACGUGUUAAGAAUCAGUUUGAAUCGGGGACUCACCUUGGCGUUGGCACUUUUAACCUUUUAUUAUCGACACUUCCCGCUCGAAUACUGAGACUUCUAAAAAUUGUUGGCUAUUCGGGCGACAAGGUAAGGAAUACGGGUAUGUGCGAGUUGUUUGCUGGUGUUGCAAUGCCAGGCACGCUACGGGCGACAUUGUGUUCGCUGGUAUUGUUAACGUGGCAUCUGUUUGCAACGUUUUUUAUUGGAGGUGAGUCACCGGACAUUGGACUCUGUAACCGGCUGCUAAAACCAUUGAAAAAGCGCUAUCCCCAGGGCGCUAUAAUAUGCUUCUUAGAGGCAAGACUGGAAUUGGCAGUCGGCAAUAGUAAGGCAGCAGUAGAGUUGUAUGAGAGGUCAAUUAAUUCACAAAGUCGAUAUCCGCAGAUUCAUCACGUUUGCUACUGGGAGUUAGUUUUUGUGCAUUCUUUUCUGCACAGGUGGGUUGAAGCGAUUUUGUAUUCAAGGAGGCUCAAAAAUGAAAGUAAUUGGUCUCCAUGUGUGUAUUCCUACUUAUUAGCAGUAUUGCUCAGUGCAGGCGAAAAGUCGGAGGCAAAGAAAAAAGAGAUCCACGAAUUACUCCUAAAAGUGCCACAGCUUAUGAUUCGAGUUUCCGGCAAAUCAAUACCACUGGAAAAAUUUUGUGCUAGGAAGUCGGACCGUUUUGGACGAUGUGGUUCUAUUUUUCUGGCCCACUAUGAAUUCUUAUAUUUAUUGAGCGGAUUUUCGAUUAUUUCAUCCAAUGCGAAAAUAAUUGAAUCGACGAUGGAGGAUAUUGACCGUGAAUUUAAAAUUGCUGUAGAUUGUGAUGACAAGAGCCUGUACUACUUAUUAAAAGGAGUUUGUUUACGGUAUUUGGGAAGGAUGGGAGAUGCUGAUAUUUGCUUCAAACAAGUCUUAGAGCAGGAAGGAGACUUAGUCGAUCAUAAACACCUGCCGCCAAAUGCUACUUUUGAGAUGGCACUUCUGAGGAUAAAACAGAACAAAAGGAAGGAAGCAGAAGAGUUGCUGGCAAAAGCGCGUUCCUACAAAGGUUACAUGUUAGAAAAUCGACUACACCUUCAGAUCCAUAGCGCCACGGAAGCUAUAGGCGUUUGCACACCGCUUUCGCCCACGUUCUGA